AUGGAUUUGGAUCUGUGGAUCUCCAAGGUCAAGGAGGGCCAGCACCUCGCCGAGCACGAGCUCCAGACCCUCUGCGAAUACGUUAAGGAGAUUCUCAUCGAGGAGUCGAACGUGCAGCCAGUCAACAGCCCGGUCACAGUGUGCGGCGACAUCCAUGGGCAGUUCCAUGACCUUAUGAAGCUCUUUGCCACCGGAGGACAUGUGCCUGAGACCAACUAUAUUUUCAUGGGUGAUUUUGUCGACCGCGGCUUCAACAGUCUCGAGGUUUUCACCAUCCUUUUGCUACUAAAAGCAAGGUAUCCUGCCCACAUAACCCUUCUGCGUGGGAACCAUGAAAGUAGGCAGCUGACACAGGUAUAUGGCUUCUAUGACGAGUGCCAGAGGAAGUAUGGGAAUGCCAAUGCAUGGCGGUAUUGCACCGAUGUUUUUGAUUACCUUACUCUUUCAGCAAUCAUUAAUGGCACGGUCCUUUGUGUUCACGGUGGCCUGUCUCCUGAUGUACGUACUGUUGACCAGAUACGGACAAUUGAUCGGAAUUGUGAAAUUCCCCACGAAGGUCCUUUCUGUGAUCUUAUGUGGAGUGACCCUGAAGAGAUAGAGACAUGGGCUGUUAGUCCGCGUGGAGCAGGUUGGCUUUUUGGAUCACGAGUGACAACAGAGUUCAACCAUGUGAACAAUCUUGACCUAGUUUGCCGGGCUCACCAGCUGGUCCAGGAAGGCUUAAAGUACAUGUUUCAGGACAAGGGUCUUGUAACUGUGUGGUCUGCACCUAAUUAUUGCUACAGAUGUGGCAAUGUUGCUUCUAUACUAAGCUUCGACGAGAACAUGGACCGCGACGUCAAGUUCUUCACGGAGACGGAGGAGAACAACCAGAUGCGUGGCCCAAGGACUGCCGUCCCGUAUUUUCUCUGA